CCCAACGACACCUUUCACAGCCUCAGCAGUUAAAGAUUAAUUGAUGGAUAGAUUCAUCCAACAAUCCACACCCAGAAAGGAAUCUCUUAUCAGAAUCUAUUCCAAGGUGCUUGUGUCUCUUUCGACCCGUCUAAGCCAAAGUCGUUAAGGUGUACAGAAACGUCUCAGCCAGGUGUGUUCAUCGACACUUGUUCCCACCUUCCACUGCCAAGAAUCAAGCCCACCUACUGAUCUGACAAGUGUUCGUCAGCUCUUCACGUUGCUAUAAGAGAUACUCUUUUGGUCUGAUUUGCUUAUUUGGCAUUAAUGCCGGAUCCUGGGAAGACACAGACAUCAAUGCUUCUUCUCGAGUUUUGAUAGAGGAUAGAUCAGAAUUGCUUGCACUUGCAAUUGCAGAGAGUCGUUGAUUGGAGUUAUUUAUCGAUCAGUGAUCAGUGAUCAGUUCUGGUUAUGGGGAAGGGAGAGAAGAGGUCACCCAAGAGGAAUUCAAGGAAAGGAUGUAUGAGAGGCAAAGGAGGGCCAGAGAAUGCUCUGUGCCCCUACAGGGGCGUAAGGCAGAGGACAUGGGGGAAAUGGGUGGCCGAAAUCCGGGAGCCAAAUCGAGGCGCCAGAAUUUGGCUGGGCACGUUCAAUACGUCGCUGGAAGCAGCGGUCGCUUACGACGAUGCGGCUCGCAAGCUUUACGGGUCGUCGGCGAGGCUGAACUUGCCGGAGCUAGCAACCAGCCCGGCUUCUUGCUCCCCGGCAAUAAGUCUGGCCAGCGGAAGUACUACUACUAGCUCGUCAAGUUCAAGCUUCCCUGGGCUGGACACUAGCACAAGCGACUCUAGCAAGAGUUUUCCAGCUUCCACGGAUACUGAAUUCACCAUUAACGAUUUGGAAAGCCAGUUCACUGUUGAGGAUUUAAUGAAGGAUAAUGAUGAGCGUUUAAUGCCCAACUCUAACAGCGAUAUGGAAGGUGGUUUCUGGGGGAACAUGGCCUUAGAGCUGCCGGAGUGGCUGGAAGCGCCACCGGUGGAUAGUGAUUUCCUGACCAUCGGAGAUAUUUUGGGUUGGGAUUCCUAGCUAGCUCCUGAUAGUGGUAAUAGUUGCUUCUGAGGUUGUUUUUGGUUUUGUAUAGAUGACGAGUAUUGUAAAUAUUAUAUAUAUAUAUAAAGCUAGCUAAUACUAAGGUGACCAGAGGUUGUCGUAACUUGUACAGUUGUUGAAAGUUAUGGAACUCGUGUUUAUAACUUUGUAUUUUAGUCGACGAGCAGGGUGUCCUUUCGAUUGAUUCUAUUGGUUGAUUCUUGAUUU